GUUUCUGACUUCUUCGCCGAGCUGAUCUACCAAAGUCAGUCUCAAUCAGCACCGUCUAUUUUAGACUAGUGCUCGCGAAGGUUCUCCGAUCCAAAGGAAGCAUGAGGCUCAUCAAUGUUGAUUCCCUCCAGUUGGAGGAAUUCUUUGAUGACGACAUGCCUGAAUACGCGAUUCUCUCUCACACUUGGGAAAGGGAUGAAGUUACGUUUCAAUAUCUCUGCUGGCUCCACGAAUACGAGCAGAAUCGCGAAGCUUUUGCUUCUGUCGAAGCCCUAGUGGCGUCGGCUACGAUAAAGUCGACGAACAAGGCCAAGAGUCUACGACAACGGUCCGACAAGAUUGUCCAGAGCGCACGCCUUGCAAAAGAACAUGAAUUACAAUAUGUUUGGGUUGACACGUGCUGUAUAGACAAGAUCAGCAGUGCCGAACUGUCCGAAGCCAUCAACUCCAUGUUCCGAUGGUACCAAGAGGCGCGCUUAUGUCUUGUGUUUUUGUCGGAUUUCGGGCCAGAUAGUGCUAGGACCGCCCCUUUCGAGUUCGCACAUUGCAGAUGGUUCACCAGGGGGUGGACACUGCAAGAGCUCUUGGCCCCACUAGACAUGGACUUCUAUAACAAGAAGUGGGAGCCCGUGGGAGCUAAAAAGUCCUUGGAAGGUCAACUUUCAGAAAUCACUGGUAUACCAAGGACUAUCUUGGUACAAACACAUUCGUUCCUUGAUGUUUGCCUGGCAUCGAGAAUGUCGUGGGCAAGUAGGAGACAGACUUGACGCAAAGAGGAUUUGGCGUACUGUCUCCUUGGUCUCUUCGACAUCAAUAUGCCUCUUCUUUACGGAGAGGGUGACAUGGCCUUCGUCCGUCUGCAACAAGAGAUUAUUAAGGAAACCACUGACCAAAGUCUACUGGUCUGCUGGGGUCCCAGAAAUCCUAUCAGCACCAGAGCUAUCAACACCAGAGCUAUCAACA